GGACACAGCUACUUCCUUCUUUCCGCUCACUUCAGUAAUUCCUUCCGCCACUGGGCUUCCUUUUCCAUUGGAGCCCGGGCCCUGGCCCGGUUCCCGUCCCAGCCUAACUUUUGGCGGGUGCCGUUGUGGAGGCGGCACGCGGCAGCCCAACCCCAUGAAGACCCUCCUGGUGACCCUCCAGCCCCGCCACCAUGAACGGAGUCCUGAUUCCCCACACGCCCAUCGCGGUGGACUUCUGGAGCCUGCGCCGGGCGGCCUCCGCGCGCCUCUUCUUCUUGUCCCACAUGCACUCGGAUCACACCGCGGGCCUGUCUAGCACCUGGGCCCGGCCCCUCUACUGCUCCCCCAUCACUGCCUACCUCUUGCAUCGACGCCUACAGGUAUCUAAGCAGUGGAUACAGGCCCUGGAGGUUGGUGAGAGCCAUGUACUGCCGCUAGAUGAAAUUGGUCAAGAGACCAUGACCGUCACCCUCAUUGAUGCCAAUCACUGCCCUGGCUCUGUCAUGUUUCUCUUUGAAGGAUACUUUGGAACCAUCCUCUACACAGGCGAUUUUCGAUAUACGCCCUCCAUGUUAAAGGAGCCAGCGCUGAGGCUGGGGAAGCAGAUCCAUACCUUAUACCUAGAUAACACCAAUUGCAACCCAGCCCUGGUUCUUCCUUCCCAACAAGAAGCUACCCGCCAGAUUAUUGAGCUCAUUCGAAAGUACCCACAACAUAAUAUAAAGAUUGGACUCUACAGCCUGGGAAAGGAGUCCCUGUUGGAGCAGCUGGCCCUGGAGUUUCGGACGUGGGUAGUGCUGAGCCCUCGGCGCCUGGAGUUGGUGCAACUGCUGGGCCUGGCCGAUGUGUUCACAGUGGAGGAGAACGCUGGCCGCAUCCAUGCUGUGGACCAUACAGAGAUCUCCCGCAUCACCAUGCUGCACUGGAAUCAGACCCAGCCUACCAUUGCUAUCCUCCCCACCAGCAGGAAAAUCCACCGCUCCCACCCUGGUAUCCACGUCAUCCCAUACUCUGACCAUUCCUCCUACACCGAGCUCCGUGCCUUUGUGGCUGCCCUUAAGCCUUGCCAGGUGAUGCCCAUUGUUAGUCGACAGCCUUGUAGUCACUACUUUCAGGACCACCUGAGCCCCAGGCUCUCUCUGCCCCUGAUUCCAGACUCUGUGCAGCAAUACAUGAGUUCUUUCUCUAGAAAACAGAGCUUCCUGUGGCUGCUGAAAAGGCGGCUAGAAAAGCCUCGGACCCAGGGCAUUGUGUUUGAACCCCUGAAGGACAGUGCUGCUCAGUGUCAACCUGACAGGGACCCCAAGAAGGUCAAGAAAGAGAACCUUCCUCCUGCUUUGCAGAUCAAGAAGCGGUUGUUGCCAGGCCUCUGCAGCAUAGACUGGCAGGGGCUGGUCCCUUUCUCCAGGUCUGUGGGCGUGUCCAGUGUAGUGUCUUCCCCCUCAGGCUUGUUGGUGCAAGAUGAAAAGUUUAACUCUCUAAAAACUGGGGAAGAACUUGGUAUAGGGCCCCACUUGGGACCCAGGGCUGAUGAGGAUGACCCAGCAACCACAGAGACCCUGGGGCCCUGGGUUGGCCAAGAUUCUGUGUCUCCCAGCCACAGGGAUGCCCCUCGUGCAACUGAGUUCAGAGGCCUGGCUCUCAAAUACCUCCUGACUCCAGCAGACUUUUUCCAGGCAGAGUUCUGUUCCAGGAGCUUUGACCAGCAAGUGGAAAAAUACCACAGAGCCCUUGCUGAAGUGCAGAAUGACAGCCUUGCUUGAACCACCCAGCAAACUGGGAGAUGAUGGCUGAUAGCACUAUUUGUUUGGGGCCUUCUUUUACUAUCUUCACAGGAUCCCUGAGGACUCACCCACAGCAGUACCUCCCAGUCUCUGUGGAAUCCUUGCUCACGUUCUUGAAGCUGUUUGAAAAGCACUUUUCAGGAUCAGCCCUUCCAGGGUCACAUGAAAGGUUCUACAAACCAACUCUGUCCUUGCAUUUAGCCCUGUACUUCUCAAGCCUUCCUGAGCAUGCAACAGAAAGUCCCCACCAACAAGGAGCCAAGGGUUCCCACUGUUACUUUGUGCAGAGCGUCCCUUUCUCCCUCUUCCCAGAUGAACCUCCCCAGGUGGUCCUGUUUUUAAGUUCAGAACUGCAGUGUGAUUUGAUAAAGCAGUGUCAGGGGCAGCAUGUCCCAGGCCCGAGUGUCACUGACUUGCUGUGACCCCAUCCAAGUUACUUCCUGUCACCGCCCUUCUGAGGGAACAGGAAGCAAUGAAGAGGCCGCCUUUGACUCAGUGGUGGAAAGUUCCACAUCUGACUCCAGUUUGUGUCACUGGGGCCCCUGUAGGAGCAGAGCCUGCUACAGGGGGCAGGAAGUUGGUACCCCUCACCCAGGCAUUACCUGUAGCCCAGCUGAACAGUCUGGUUCCCAGCUGCCUGGAGUCCCUGACAGCGUGGCUGACAGCGAGUUACAGAAGAUCAGAUGUGCUGCCAGACAUCCCUGUGGUUGUUCGCAUAUCUGGGAUGUUUGCUGUCCCCCGCCCCGUUCAGGGAGCCGGAGCACACAGCCUGUUUGUUUUAGUAUCCAGGGAUGAGACCCGGAUGCCAGCUGGCUUGAAGGGGUGGGAGUAUGUGCAGUUCCCUCCUGCCCAGCUUAUGACCUGACCAAAUGCCAACCCCCUAAGCCAGCCAGCAGAUACCACAGCCAUGAGCAAAUGGACUCAGAGAGGGCACGGGCUUUGGAGCUGGACACGUGAGUAAAAACAGCUUCAGAACCAAAGCUUCCACCUUAGACAUAAAGACGGUGCUGGUCCUUGUCAGGUGGGGUGGGGUCUGAAGUGGGGAGUUUGCUACUUUGGAAAGGAGCUGGGAAGAGUUUAAAAUGGACUACAGCCAUGUUCUUGCACAAGCUGUCCACAGUUCUGUCUUGCCAGUGACCGUGACUAUAAGCCUAGGGGUCGUCUACGAGAGCUGUGGCAGGAAAGCAGGAGCGCAGCCUGGGCCGAUGGUUUCAGUAGUAGAACUUCAGUUCCUCACCUAAAAUCUCUGCCCUUCACAGUUGCUCUGGAGAUUAAAUAAUUGGUAAAAUUC